GAAACCGCCCCUUCCUUUAUAAAUCUUUCUUAAUUAAUUACCCCCUUCAACUUCAACAACAAUCGCAGUUUGAAAAAUCAAGAAUUCAUCAAUCUUUCUCUAAGUUUGCGUUCAACAAUGGCAUUGGCACGUUUAGCUCUCAAGAAUUUGCAACAAAGGGCCUCAUACUCUGCUUCCUUGUUGGCCAAAAAUGUCACAGCCACCACUCCCCCGGAGAAGCAGAGAUUGGCUUCUCAGUUUCUCCGGGGGCUCUCCACCGCUGCGGAGGAGAAGGCACCCGGGGCCCAUGAGGUGGCUGUGCAAGAGGGUGGCAAGAAGCCCAAGCUCUCUUCGAGGCGGAGGGGCCGGAGAGGCGGCAACCUGUGGAGGAGAGACACCCGUGGCUUCGUCCCUGCUCUUUGGGAUAUGUUUCCUUCGGGAGUGGGGAACGCGUUGGUCCAAGCGACAGAGAACAUAAACAGGCUGUUGGAGAACAUAGCUCCGCCACAAAUGCUGGGGCGGGCGAAGGAGCACGACGACAGCUACAGGCUCCGGUACCAGAUGCCGGGGGUGGGGAAGGAUGAGGUGAAGAUAACAGUGGAGGAUGGGGUUCUAAGCAUACGAGGAGAGCACAAUGAUCAGGAGGAACACGACUCUGACGACGAGUCUUGGUCGUCGAGCAGCUAUGGUUACUACAACACGAGCCUGAUGCUGCCGGAGGAUGCAAAGCUUGAUGAAAUCAAAGCGGAGAUGAAGGAUGGGGUGCUCAAUAUAGUCAUACCUAAGGCUCAAAAGGCACACAAGGAUGUUAAGGAAGUUGAAGUUCGUUAAGUGUUUGCUUUGGGAUGAAACAUGUGUGUCAAAUAAGGAUGUAUACAUACUGUCUAUCUCUAUCUAUCUAGCCAUGAACUGAAUUCUGUUUCUUUCUGCAAA